AUGAAACUCUUAAAAGCAGUGUCGCUGGCCGGCUUGCUUUCAGCUGGACUGGCAGAUGCCUUAUCUCUGUGGGACUUCCGCAACAGUUUCUCGCAAUUGCGGGUGCCCCAAUGGCCCCGGAACACGCACCAGGUCGUGGACCUUCCCGCGGUGAACCCGUUUACCAGGCUUGUGUACUCUGAGGAUGAGGCCUACGCUCUGCGUAUCAGGGCUGUCGACCCGGCGAAGUUGCAGAUUGACAACGUGAAGCAGUGGUCAGGAUACCUCGACUAUGGGGAGUCCAAGCACUUCUUCUUCUGGUUCUUCGAGAGCAGGAACGACCCGGCGAACGACCCGGUGAUCCUGUGGCUCAACGGUGGGCCUGGAUGCUCCUCCUUCACAGGGUUGUUCUUUGAGUUGGGACCCUCCUCGCUUGGACCGGACCUCAAACCCAUCCACAACCCGCACUCGUGGAACAACAACGCCUCGAUUAUCUUCCUCGAGCAACCCUUGGGCGUAGGGUUCUCUCACGGUGACGACAAAGUGACCUCCACGAAGCUCGCAGGUAAGGACGCGUACGUCUUCCUCGAAUUGUUUUACAAGGAGUUCCCUCACCUGCGCAGUAACGACUUCCACAUCGCUGGGGAGUCUUACGCAGGUCACUACAUCCCUCAGAUUGCUCAUGAGAUUGCAGUGGUCAACAGAGCGACCCGUACUUUCAACCUGUCCUCCAUCAUGAUCGGGAACGGGAUCACGGACACACUCGUCCAGUCCGAUUACUACGAACCCAUGGCCUGUGGGGGAGGUGGGUACCCAGCGGUACUCCCUCCAGAGGACUGUAAGAGCAUGGCAAAGGGCGCAGAACGGUGUCGCGUGCUCAACAAGGCCUGCUACGUCAGCAAGAACACGAUCCCCUGCUUCGCCGCUCUGACAUACUGCAACUCUGCGUUGCUGGGUCCCUUCGAGAAGACUGGACUGAACGUGUACGACAUCAGAGCACCUUGUGAGGAUCAAGGCGAUGACGGACUGUGCUACUUCGGCAUGCGGUACAUCGAAGAGUACAUGAAUCAGCAAUACGUCCAGGAGACGCUCGGUUCAGACGUCAACCACUACACCGGGUGCAACGACGACGUAUUCAACGGGUUCAUCCUCACCGGAGACGAGGCCAAACCAUUUCAACAGUACGUAGCAGAGCUGCUAAACCUUGACAUCCCGGUACUCAUCUACGCGGGGGACAAAGAUUUCAUCUGCAACUGGCUGGGCAACCACGCAUGGACGGACCAGUUGGAGUGGAGAGGCUCUGAAAAAUACCAGAAGUUACCUCUGCAACCCUGGAUCCAUUCGGAGACAGGUGAGGAAAUUGGACAAAUCAAAAGCCAUGAGGGGCUCUCGUUCUUGAGAAUCUACGACGCUGGACAUAUGGUACCUUAUGACCAACCAGAGUCCAGUUUGGAAAUGGUGAACAAGUGGAUCUCACACGAGUUUGCCGCCUAA